AUGGCAUCCAUGUGGUCAGAGGUUCCAGAGGAUCUGUUGAGGUUAAUAGCUAAUCGGCUUGAUACAUUGACUGAUCAAGUUAGGUUUGCAUGUGUUUGUACUUCAUGGAAUCUUAGUAUUCGUCGCUCACAUUCGUGGUGUCUACUAUAUCGUUUUGAGGAGGAGGCAAGUGAAUUAGGUGAAAAGUUUCUUUUUUUCCACCUUGAGUUUAUACCAGAGGUCCUUGGUAGGAGCAAGUUUCGAGGAUGUUCCUUCAGUUGGUUAGUUUCUACUGAUGAUUACUCUCCUAAAAUCUCUCUAUAUAACCCAUUCACCAAGGUUCUAAUCGCCCUUCCACCGCGGUACAACUUUCCUGAUGUGAUAAGAUACUGUCCCCCAGAAAGGUCUCAUCCAGUAUAUGAGAUUGAAAUCUAUGAUGGCGACACAGAGACUGACUUUGUAGCCACAAGUUUUGUGCACCAACACUGGAUACACAAAUUUGUCCUAUCUUCAUCUCCUAGUAAACCUAAUUGUAUGGUGGUUGCCAUCUAUGGUACUAUGGAUUAUAAUUUGGCCUACUGCAAAAUUGGAGAUGAAAAGUGGACAUGCAUUGCCAAAGGUAGGAUGAGAUAUGAUGAUGUUAUUUUUCGUGACAAAAACUUUUUGUAUGCUGUAACAAUCACAAGUCAUGUGCACGUCUUUGAUUUGUCGCCUAAUUCUCCAAAAUUGGUCGAUACUAUACAACCACCACCACCACCACCAGAAGAACUAGGGGAACCAGAACCGGGAAGACGAAGCUACUUGGUCAAGACUUCAAUUGGACUGCUCCUGGUUCAACGACAUUGGCUCUGGACAGGGUCUCUAUAUGAAGGAAAUCAGUGUGAAAAAACAAAAAUUUUCAACUUAUACAUGUAUGAGCCUAGCAGUCGAAGUUGGCGUAGGGGAAAUGUGCUGUUUUUGGGACUAAAUACAGGAGUUUCAAUACCUUCUUCUCGUGUUGGUGGAUAUAAAGGGAAUCAUAUUUAUUUUACAGAUACUUUACUCGUUUUCAAUUUGAGAACUGCUCGACAUGGCCCAUAUGAAAUUGGUGUUUAUGAUUUGGAUACUAAAAGUGUACAGUGCUUGCAACGCUAUGAUACUAAAAAAUACUGGAUCCGGCCAACACCAAUUUGGUACAUACACAGCCCUGAAGAUUUCUUUGAGCGCGAUGUGAAAAACAAUUAA